UUCUCAUCGCAUGUGGAAUCGUACUCUUCUAUUGAUCUAUCUCCCGUCCUUCUCUCCUACUAAAGCCAAAGAGAAAGAGUUCCCAUCGUAUCGCCUAUUCUGCUAUCUGUAUUCGGCUCAUUGGGCACCGAAAGGCCUAUAUGAGACUUGGUCUUAG